AUGCGUAGCUCCUGGUACCUCCAGUCUAGCCUCUUGGUGAUAGAUACGGCCGUGCACAAGGUCAGCGAUGACAUCGUCAAGGCCAUCUGCGACUUUGCAGACCAGACGGACCAAGUGGUGACCUGGAUCACCGGGAAGCGCGUCCAGGUGUAUCUGCUGGGUGUAAAGAGUGAGCCUUUCCUGGAAUAUGCAAGAAGCCACGAGCUCUCGGACCUUAUCCUGGGCUUUCUGGAUGAGCUCAACUCCCAGCUGCAAGCCGUGGCCGAGGCCAAUGGUGGCGAAGCGUCGGAAGACAUCGCAGCUCUCGUGGGCGCAGAAGAAAUGCAGGUACCCCAUACGGAUCUUCUUCCAGGACAGGUGCAGGUUAUCCUGGCACUUACACCGACCACUUCAACCUUGGUCUACGACCCUUCGCAGGAGCGGCUAAGCCGGGAGGAGAUCGCUUCGGAAAUGGGGGUCCGGAAGGAGGACCUGGAAGACGAGGGCCUCUUCGGCUUGGUGUACAAGAGCUUUCCUCUGGUCCUUCCCGUGGAGCACGUCUACGAUCACAUGGUUGAGUCCUACAGCGGCAACUUCGCUGCGGGCGAUGCCGUGCAGAUAAAAGACGGAAUCGUGCAUGCUGGUCCCGGCUGCAAAGAUGAGCCGGGGAAGCCCCGCGUUGUGAUCUUCAUGACCUACAGGACUACCCGAGAAGAGCACUACGAGCUGACCUUCCAAGCAAAACUCUGGGACUGGGCUUCGCAUCCUGCGAUACCUCCCAUGGUCGCCUACAAGCGCCUUCGCGAAGUCUACACCUACGGUCAGCGGAAGGGUAUGGACAUCAAGCCAUGGACGUUCUACCCGCCAGAAAGCUCGGAGGCUUGCCAAAUGCUGUGCACCACCGGCGGGCUGGACGAGACCAUGGUCGAUCUUCUCGUGUCCGAGUGGCGCGAUAUGCUCUACGAUGAGAACGUCCAAUUAAUCGAUCGUGAGCAGGAGAAGGCUGAAUUGCUCUACGACUAG